AUGUCCAUUGAUAACAAGCCCAGUCCUCCCCAUGGUGACGAGUCCGACGACUCUAUUGAUUCAACGCCCGAGGCAGAGCACGCCAUCUCAGCUGCCGUGUCCGGUCACAGCAACAAUCCUGUUCAGGACACGCAACAGCCCAAGAAGAAGGGCGGACGCAAGCCUAUCUACGCGACAUCGGAGGAGCGCAAACAGCGAAAUCGGCAGGCUCAGGCCGCUUUCCGUGAACGGCGCACCGAGUAUAUCAAGCAGCUCGAAGAAACCAUCAGAAUCCAUGAAUCAAAUCUGCACAAUCUUCAAUCCGCCCACCGAAACGCUGCCGACGAGUGUUUGAUGCUCCGGUACAAGAACUCGCUCCUGGAGAGAAUCCUUCUCGAAAAAGGCAUCGAUGUUCAGGCUGAAUUGCAAGCCAAGGCCGACAGUCCGAAUCUGGGACCGGCCCAUGUUCCCCAAAACAUGGUGCAGCCGCCUACCAUCCAGAGACCCAUCAUGAACAGACAUCAUCACAACCGAAAGUCCAGCUCAAUGAUUGCGCCCAAGAUCGAGACCGGCGUAGGGGCCAUCUCUGCUGUUUUGCAGGCCCACAAGCCCACCACCUCCCCCAAGAGUCGGCCCACGCUAUCAUCACACUCCCACUCGCCUACGAACCUCGCAUCAGCCUUCUCUCCCGCUCCCUCAGACAGUGUUUCUGUGCGAGGAUCGAUGGCGCUUGGCCGCCAGCAACUCCCUUUGACCGGGCAAGUUCACAGAGGUUCUGCGCUACAGACUCCCACGCCUCGGAGCUCUGUAGCUGGGACAGAAGCCCCAUUCUACCCCCCGUCGUGCUUUCCAAAUCAGGCUGAGCAUUUAGAGCACGACUAUGAUAGCAAAGCCGACAUGGUGGACGAUUCCGAGCUGGAGACUACAAGCGGACUCGGCGGCUGUGGGGCGGCUUUCAACAGCGACACCACCCAGCCGAUGUUGCUCUCUCCCAUUUCCACGGGUCCCCCGCAUCACGAACACGGCAGUCACCACGUAACAAUCGCCAACGGGCAUUUUUCAUCAAUGUCCUCACUUUUGGACCACCCGAAUCUGGACUGGGACCCGUUCGGCUUGAGUGCCAGCAUGACUUUUCCCAACCACCAAUUCCCCUUUGACCAGGCCAGUAUGAGAUGA